AUGGACGAUACUUCCCGACAGUUGGCCGGCCAGGCAUAUAAAAGUCUACACGAGAAUGCUUGGCUCAAUGGCCUCCACAUUCCGGACGACGAAAUGGACGCUAUGCGCAGAGUCCAGAAUACUUACAUCGUGCAGCUAGAUAGCUCCCCGGACAUGGGAUACAAAUUCAGGAUCCAUCUAAUCUGGGACUAUGAUAGGAUCUGGGGGAUGUUCGAUUUCGGGUGGAGUCGAGGGGUGUUCUUGAUUGAUCCAGGUCUGAAGCCAAUAGACUGCGAUGACGACGGCCAGCUUUUGCCAUUUACAUGGCGUGGUGUGAACAAAGCUUCUCCAGAGAAUCCCUACGGUUAUGAAGCUGAAGCAAAGGGAGAGAUCUGCAUAAAUGCGUUGGAGGAAACUCUGGAAGGUUUCUUCGGGUUCAUGGCGGGUAAUGGCAGCGCCGGCUCUGAUACAAAGUGUGCUUUUCACGCAAAGCGACAUUUUGGACCGCAAGUGGUCCCCAAUUCCUUGGAGAACAUUGUGAAGGAAUGGAACGAUUAUUGUCCUGAUUUCAGGAAAGAAACAGUGCGCCAGAAUCAGCCAGACUCGGCUUUGGCAGAGUAUCUUGAGAUCAACAACCAAGUGGUGAUCAGAAAACCCCUACAGGCCGCCCUUGACGACAUUCAGGCUACCGGAGCAUUUAUAACAGGUGGCAGCCAGGAAACUGCUGUCAACCCGGGUCUUCAUAUUUCAAAUGUAGGCAACAUCCGGCUUCCUAUUUUCGCCGAAGAAGCAAAAGCGAUCAUCAAGUCCUGCCGGCUGAGCCCCUACGGAAAGGGAACCGAAACCCUGGUCAACGAAUCGGUGCGAAAGAGCUGGCAACUUGACGCCGAUCAAGUUUCUUUCCAGAACCCCCAAUGGAAUGCGGAGGUUGGCCGUUGGGCUCACAAGGCGGCCACUGGUCUCGGCCUUGAGAAGUCUGCAGAGGUCAAGGCGGAGUUCUACAAACUGCUUGUAUACGAGAAAGAUGCUUUCUUCUUGUCACACCAGGAUUCGGAAAAGGCGGAUGGGAUGUUCGGCACGCUCGUCAUAUCCCUCCCCUCAAAACACGAGGGUGGGAAUGUGAUCGCCUCUCAUAGGGACAAAAAACUGGAAUUUGCAACUGCGCCAAAGUCGGAAUUUGGCUAUACAUGGGCCGCUUGGUAUGCUGAUGUCUCACAUGAGGUCAAGCCCGUCACCUCUGGAUAUAGGAUUGUUCUCGUUUACAACUUGAUCCAUCGUCCGUCCGCCGCACUCUUGCCAUUUCGCAGCAACAAGGCAGAGUCUCUCACUGAUUUGCUCAAAUCUUGGGCUCUGGGCGCCAAAAGGCCCGGGCAAUACCUCGAUGGCUGGGAUGAGUCUGACUUCCGCGAAGCCUGUCCACCAGCCCUAAUCUAUGUUUUCGAGCAUCAGUACACCGAGGCAGAACUGAGUUUUGCCCGCCUCAAAGGAGUUGACCGACAGCGCUUUGCAGAGCUACAGAAUGCUUGCCAGAAAGCCGACUUUGUCAUUCUUCUGGCCAACAUUGAGAAAAAUGUGACUGGUGGGGUGGACGAAAGUAAGGGUGAUUAUUACGGUGGUUAUUAUGGCGGCAGUGAUAGUGAUGGCAGUCCUAGCGUUAACAGUGAUGGGGUUCACAGCAUUCAAGACAUGACUGAAUGCAGUCUUGAGCUUUCACACGUUGUGAAUGCUGAAGGCCAAGUAGUCGGAACACAUGUACCCUUUGUUGAAAACAUGCUGGUUCCAGCGGAUGUUUUUGACCGCAGCCCGGAUGACGAGGACUUCGGUGGUUAUACGGGUAAUGAGGGCGCCACGACAACUCACUUUUACAAACAAACUGGUAUUUUGAUUCUCCCAAAAGAAUUUGAUUUCCUGUUUCAACUGCAAAAGUUGAGGGGUAAUGAUGAUGAGCUUCAACAGGCUCUUAAGCAAGGCCACCGUGUCAUAAAAGAAAACCCCAAUGAUACGACGACCAAGGAACGUCUAAGGCGGAUUUGCAGAGUCGCGCUUGAGUCGACAUAUUUGACAGACUCAGUUAUGGAAAUCGCUUUUGAACUGGAUGACAUGCCGCUUUUUUGCCGGAGCAUGGGCAAGUUCAGGGGUCAAUUCUCGAUCCCUCAAAGCUCUCAGAUUGCCAAGAUAAUUUUCCAUCAUGGCCUGGACGCCAUUUGCUCUGCACUAGAUGCUUAUUUCUCGAGAAAGUCCGGAUACAUGUAUAAGGUUCUCUCGUUCAGUGAGCAAAUAACCUCGAUAUCUCGAUUGGCCGCAGAAUUUCAGUCGAUUUGUGAGAGACAGAACCAGAAGCCAUCAGCGGAAGUAACGCAGUGGUGGAACGGCAAACUGGAUACUAUUCUUUUGACCGAACUUAAAGGAUUAGAAUCCGAAGGUCCCAUUCUGGCAGAAGCUUUGAGUGAAUCCCCGGCACCUGGAUUUCUCCAAAAAUCCGUCACCUUCCUGGAGACAAACAUGUUGCAGAAACCGUUAAUCUUGUCAUUCAUUGUCUCGGUUCAUGAAUUCUCGAAAACAGGAAACAUAGACAAGGGCGAGGUGGGUCAAGCGAUUGAUCGGCUGUUCCCAGCGGUCAUCAAGAACUUUAAGGUGGAAAGCACAACGCCUUUGGAUUAUCGAGACAUUUAUCUCGAUUGGUCUCUUCACGCCCAUCCACAGACUUCCCGGGUGUCCCCGGACUGGGUAAUCAAGCUGGUUAAGCUAGCGGAUGCCACAAACACCAAUUCCACGGGAAUUAUGGAUAAACUCGUCGAGUAUGCGGGAAACGUCAAACAAGAUGACACUGGAAGUACCUUCCAUGAAUUCCUAUUCCCCAUUGCUGGCGGCAUUUCCGAACACAUAGCAACGACAAAGCGUCCCGUUUCGCCCGGUGAACAGAAAUUCUUCACGUGGUUCCUCAAAGCUUACUUGACUGGCUACAUCAAAAUUGCGCCUCCACCACCGCCUGACUGGAAAGAGCGUACUACUAUCCGCUGUACCUGCGAUGACUGUGGUUCCCUGCGCCGAUUUAUCAAUGACAUAGAUGCUCCAAGCAAGGAUUUCGGGAUGGCAGAGAAACGCAGAAAGCACCUGGACCAGCAAAUCGACAAGUCCUACUUUUUCACGAGCACCAUCAAAUCAGGUACGCCGCAUAAACUGCGUGUCGAGAAAACCAGAGCCCAGGAAGUUUCCAACUACCUUGGAUGGAUCAAACGCGCACGAGCCGGGCAAGCUCAACUGGACCGGUUGUCUCAACAGGGACCCCUGCAAGAUAUUCUGGCUGAGAAUUACAACUCGAUUGUCAAUCACAGGAACCUCAAAGUACCGGAGAACUUGCCCUCGUCCCUUUUGAGUUUGACUCAAGAGAAUCUCUCAAAGGGCCGAAGCACUGUGCCGCAGAAACGUGGUUACCGAGGCUGA